UACACAGAUUAUACCAAAUGUCAAAAUCAGCCGACUUUUGUUGUUAUUGAAAGUUAUUUGUAAUUCACAAUUUAAUGUAUUAAACUAUUUUUCUCUCAGUUAAAUGACUCGAAAAAGAUAAAUACGCCGAACAAGUGCUAUCUUCUAAGUCAUAAAUCGUCGAUUUUCAUGUGUUAAUGAAAAUUACACAACAUAACCUCUAAAUUACUUGAAAUGGAACAAAAUGCUAAAGCAAGCGAAGUUCCCAAAAGUGCUGAAGUGAAACCCGAAGAGGGUUCAACGAAAAGCAAAGAAGACAAAAAGGCUGAGCCAUGGGGGUACGACCUGUACCCAGAAAGAAGAGGAACCUUUUCUCCCAAACUUACAAAUGUUCUAAUUGGCAAAGAGGGGAAAGAGGGCAUUGAGAAGAUGAAAUGCGAAAAAAAUGUUUACGAGUGUGUUAAAAACAGUCCAAUUGUAAAAAUUAUGAUGAGAGCCUUGAAGAGUUCUGGCUGUGCAGUUGACCUGAGAAGACAUAUAUCUUGUGAAGUAUGUGAUUAUUCCGUCAGCGGUGGCUAUGAUCCUGAAUUGAACCAGAUAGUAGUCUGCCAGAACGUGUCCACCCGGCAAGGCAUGGUGCAAGGAGUGCUCGCGCACGAGAUGAUCCACAUGUUCGACUACUGCCGCAACCAGCUCGACUUCAAGAACAUGGAGCACCUGGCCUGCACCGAGAUCCGCGCCGCCAACCUCACCCACUGCUCGUUCAUGAGCGCCUGGUCGCAGGGAGACGCGUCUUAUACGAGGAUCAAGAAGGCUCAUCAGGACUGCGUAAAAACGAAAGCAUUGUACUCAGUACUAGCAGUCAGGCAGAUCAGUAAACCGGAAGCCAUUGACAUAAUCGAAAAGGUGUUCCCCAAAUGCUAUGCAGACCUGGAGCCCAUAGGCCGGAGGAUACGAAGGAACUCUGAAGACAUGACCAGAGCUUUCAAAGAGGCAUCUUAUUACGGGUAUGAUUGAUAUGGUAUGUUGUGGUCGUGGGUAGUUUUCUGAGGGCUGAUUAAAAAAAGAAGUGGUACAAAGAUGGCGUUAUGGUGGUGAUAGUAGAAGUGUGAGACACACGAUAGGUUCGUUCAUUCAAUCCUACUUAUUUUUUUAAUGAGCUGUCAGAAAACUUGAUUGAUACUGCUUUUGUACCAUUUGGUAUGUCAGUUUUCUGUUACAAAAUGUGGGAAAUACCAUGUUUUUUUUACUGUAUUAGAUGGUUGUUGUUAUGUACAAGUACCGCAUUGUUAAAGUAGUUAUAGGACAUAAUAAGUUAUACAAAAUUAAACCACAAUUGAAUGAUUUCAAA